GCCACCAUAUCCCUCUUUGUGAGCCUCAGAGCUGCUGCAGUGCUUCUGCUAAGCUAAUCAUUAAGGAUAAUAAAAGGGAAGGUUAUAUCACCCCGAGUCACUUAAAUCCCAGCAAACCUUUUUCCUUGGAGCUUGGGCCCAGACAAGCGACAGCGGCUACACGGGGGAGCAGACAUGGAGCAACAGCUCAGCAGACCAACAUGGAGCAGGCAGAUAGAGUUCACCCUGGCUGGGAUCGGCUGUGCUGUGGGUCUGGGCAAUGUUUGGAGGUUCCCUUAUCUCUGCUACAGGAGUGGAGGAGGGGCCUUUCUGGUGCCGUACCUGCUCAUGCUGGUGGUGUUGGGGAUCCCCCUGCUCUACAUGGAGCUGACUGUGGGUCAGUACACGAGGAGAGGGCCUGUCCACGCUCUGGCCAACGUCUGCCCACUCUUAAAAGGAGUGGGCAUAGCAUCAGUGGCCAUCUCCUUCAUCAUGUGUAUCUACUACAAUCUGGUCAUCACUUGGGCCCUUUAUUAUCUCUUCAGCUCCUUCCAAUCACCGCUGCCCUGGCAGAACUGCAACAACACCUGGAACACCCCUAACUGUUCCAACAACGCCACCAACAGCAACUUCUCCUCCACAGCCAGCCAGGAGUUCUUCAAAUAUAAGAUGCUGGAGCAAACUAGUGGAGUGGAUGAAGCGGGAGUGGUCCGCUGGGAGCUUUUGCUCAUUCUCAUUCUGGCUUGGAUCGUCAUUUACUUUUGCAUCUUUAAGGGGGUGAAAUCAACGGGCAAGGUGGUGUACUUCACGGCUCUAUUUCCGUAUGUUAUCCUGAUCGCCCUGCUGAUCAAUAAUGCGCAGCUUCCUGGAGCAAUAGAUGGAAUAUCCUUCUUCAUCGUGCCAGUGUGGGACAAGCUGCUGUCAGUGGAGGUGUGGGUGAAUGCUGCAGCUCAGAUCUUCAACUCCAUCGGCAUUGGUUUUGGCUCCCUCUUGGCCAUGUCUAGCUACAACUCCUUCAACAACAACGUGCUGAAGGACACCCUGACUAUAGCCAUCAUCAACUCCGUCACCAGCAUCCUGGCAGGUUUUGUCAUUUUCUCAGCUUUUGGAUACAUGUCCUAUCUGCAGGGCAUCCCUGUCAGCGAUUUGGCCGUGGAUGGUCCAGGAUUGGUUUUUAUUGUUUACCCACAAGCCUUUGCCAACAUGCCAGUGUCUCAGCUCUGGGCCGUGAUGUUCUUCUUCAUGCUGCUUUGCCUCGGACUGGACAGCGAGUUUGCAAUGGUUGAAGUGAUGGUGACCAGUCUAAUGGACGAAUAUUAUCAACAACUGAUUACAUUUUUCAAGAGGAAGGAGCUGUUUGUUCUUGCUAUUUGUGGUGCAGCUUGCGUUCUGGGGAUCCCCUGUGUCAUGCAGGUGGGCAUCUAUGUGUUCCAGCUCAUGGACCAUUACACUGCCAUAGUGUCCAUCAUGUUCCUUGCAUUCUUUGAAGUUAUAGCCAUCUGUUGGAGUUAUGGAGUGAAUCGACUUUCAGACAACCUUCAGGAGAUGACUGGAAAAAGACCAAACAUCUUCUUCAGACUCUGUUGGCUAAUAAUUGCUCCUGUGCUGAUCACCGUUAUCCUGAUUUUCUCCAUCAUCCAGUUUAAACCAGCCCGCUAUGGGGACUAUGUCUUCCCUCCCUGGGCUCAAGGGGUCGGCUGGGUCAUCGCCAUGGGCUCCAUCAUCUGGAUUCCUUUGGGUGCUGUUCACACGUUGUGGGUUCUUCCUGGCUCACUCAUGCAGAAACUGAAGCUGUCCGUCACACCAUACGCGCUGAAUGAAAAGUCAAAAAUGGCGUACUAUGAGAGGGGAGGAGGAGAAACACAACCAGGCAUUGCUGUCAUCAGCUCCGACAUCCAGCUACCUGAAAAACCUCCUAUUCAGACAAACCUGUGAUGGCUCUGAGCUUUUCCAAGAGUGGCAAGUUAAUCACUAAUUAUUGUUUGCCGUUAGUUUUAAAUCUUCAACAAACUUUAAGCACGCUUACUACAAAAAUUACCUACACGAUAGUUAAGUGUGUUGCUGCAUAUCUGCCACGCAUAUAUAUUGAAAUGGCCAUUUUUGUGAGCCUAUUCAUUCAAUUUGUUGGUGCAAAUUUGAGAUUUUCUAAAUGUUUUGCGAAUUUUAAGUGUGAAAAGAUUGUUGCGUUUAUAAUCUGUUUAGUGUUGUGUACAUCUUUGAUAUCCAGCCAACACUUCUGCUGUUGGGACAGAGCACCAAAUGACAAAUGAGUGCUGCUUAGGGCUUCACACACACAUUUCAAUGUGCUCAUUUGUGAGUACUCAACUUUGCUAAGGGUGCCAUCUCUUGGCCAUGUCUGCUGAUGCAAGUAUGAGUGUUAAUACAUCUGGGAUAAGGUAUUGUACUUAGAUUUAGUACUUACAUAUUAGCCAAUAAAAUGAUAAAGUAAUUUGUUUACAGUUCAUACAGCUGAUCCACUUCUGUUAAAAACAUAAAACACUGUGGACCAAUUCCUUGUGGCUGACUCAUUUAUUAGGUCAAUUGCAACAGGGCACUGCUGAUAAAGACGAUAUACGCCGAUGGUGAACACACAGGUCAUGCAAUUCUAUGCCAUGUCAUGCGAGGUGUAAUAAAAGACUGUCACAAAGUCCACAGCUUAGGACUUCUACAAAUAACAGUCUGUCCUGUAAACAUAACACAGACCAUCAUUUACUUCGGGGCAAUUGUUUUUAUUUAUUAAUUUAAGGAGAAAUUUCCACUGUGAGGUAACGUUACACAUUUCUAGGGAAUACAUGUACAUGGAGUUAGUUUCUUCCCCUACAUAAGUUGCCAGUGUUUCCUUCUUGUUAUUCCUCAUAAAUGAAUCCAAAGUGCAGAAUGACUGAAAAUACACAGGGAAAAGGGGUGGAUAGUGGAAACCCAUAAGCUGAACAGACAAUGGCACCUGUACUUUUCCUGAUUCCUUAUGAGUGGUUGAAAGCUAAGGGGAAAUUAAUGCUUUUGUGAAAACAUACGGUGAGUUAAGGUGGCAGCAUUGACAAGCUGUUAGUUACAGUGUGAAGGACAUAGUACUGUCUAUGGUUAGUGUGUAUGAGACCACAUCUAUCUAUGAUCAAAAGUUAAAACAUUUAUAAAAAAAAAAAAAGAUUUAAACCAAAAAAAGUCAUUCUUAUAAACA